AUGAUAAGGACAUUGAUUACAACCACGAUUAUACCGAUUAUUGCUUAUAUAAUAAACAAUACCCCAAGUUAUAUAUGGGCCAUUAUUGAUUUUAUUAUGGAUAUUUGUUUCUUUUGGGUCAAACAAUUAUAUCAAAUAUAUAAUCGGAAAGAUCCCCUCAAAGAAUAUGUCAAACAAUUGAAAACUGCACCUAAUUAUAAUGAUUGGAAAGAAGUUGCUUAUGAAGUUGAUAAAUUAACUAAUAUGGAUCUUUGGCGACAAAAUUUCAUCUCAAAACAUUAUGAUUAUGUAUUAAUUGAUGAAAGAUUAAAAUUAUUACGUGAAGCUAGAUUAAAUCAAGAUUCUCAAGUAAUGAUGUCAUUAUUACGAAGUGGAUUAAUACGAAAUUUUGCUGGUGUAGCUCAAAAAAGAUUAUAUUUGAAAUCUUAUAUGGGUACUAAAUUUAAAAUUGAAGAAUAUAUUAAUGAAGUAUUAAAUUGUUUGGAUUAUUUAAAUGAAGCUUUAAAUAAUGAUAAUAAUGAUGAAUAUAUUAUGAAUAGUAAACAAUUAAAAUUGGAUUUUUUCCAUGAUGCAAGACAAUCAUUUGGUUGUAGUGCAUUAUUAUUACAAGGUGGAUCAUUAUUUGGAUUAUGUCAUUUAGGGGUGGUUAAGGCAUUGUAUUUUAAAGGAUUAAUGCCAAGGAUCAUUGGUGGAAGUGCUGUUGGUGCUGCUGUGGCAUCAUUAGUAUGUACAUUAACUGAUGAAGAAUUAAUUCCUAUUUUAGUUAAUAUUGGUGAUUUAAUGAAAAAUAUUGAUUUAUUAAAUCAUGAAAUUGAUGAAAGAUAUGGUAAUGUUAUUGAAAAUGUCGUUAAAAAGGGAUAUUCUCAAGAAAUUUUGUUAUUUCUUAAAUUUGUUCGUGAUACUAUUGGUGAUUUAACUUUUGAAGAAGCUUAUAUGAAAACUGAAAAAAUUUUAAAUAUUGUUGUUCAUCCGACUAAUCAAUGUGUUCCUUCAUUACUAAAUUAUAUAACUGCUCCAAAUGUAAUUAUAUGGACAGCUAUUUAUGCUUCAAUUGGUACUGGGGUUUUAUCAGAUGAUGUAGCAUUAUAUGUUAAAGAUUUUAAUAAUGAAAUUGUUUUACAAACUCCUGAUGUCGAUGUGAAAUUUUUAAAACCUCAAGAUGUUACUUAUCAUCAACAAUAUUUUAAAUUUAAACCUCAUGAUAAUUUUAGUGGAGGUGUAGGUGGUGGUGGGGGGACCAGUAGUGGUGGAAGUAGCAGCAACGGUGUUGGUAGUGGUAGUGGUAAUAGUAGUAGUAGUAAUGGUAUUCCUGGUGAUGGAGAAAAACCUACUACUAACAUUGUUUUGCAACAACAAUCACCGUACACAAAAUUAACUGAGCUUUUCAAUGUUAAUCAUUUUGUUAUAAGCUUAGCAAGACCUUAUUUGGCUCCCUUAAUAAGUAAUGACUUACAACAUUAUCAUGAAUAUGGUAAAAUCCGAUAUGAUAAGAAUACUAGUACUGCUGCUACUUCUACGGUCGCCAAUAAUAACAAUAACAAUAAUGAUAGUUAUGGUAUUAACAAGCGGAAAAGAACUUCUUCUGGUGGUGGUGCCGGUGGAGGGGGAGGCAGUGGUAUAGAAUUUACCAAGAAGAAAGAUAUUGAAAAAUAUACUCAAGAUGCCACUAGUUAUAAUUUAAUGAAAAAAUUGAAAACUAUAAUUGGUAUGGAAAUUCAACAUCGAUUAAUGGUGAUGAAUAAAUUAGGAUUAUUAACUGAUGUAAUGAAACGAUUUUUCAUUGAUGAAAAACCUCCAACGUUACAAUCAUUAGCAUCAAUCAGAGAAGUCACUAUAGUUCCAGAAUUACGAUAUUUAAUGAAAGAUUUUGGUCGAGUAUUUGAUGUUCAUAAAACCAUGGAAAAUAUUCCUUAUUGGGUUUUAGUUGGUGAAAGAUCAGUUUGGCCAUUAUUCCCAUUAUUAUGGUCAAGAUGUGCUAUUGAAUUUGCAUUGGAUGAUUUAUAUAAUUUACAUAGAAAACGAGGUUAA